AUGGUGGCUCAUAUUUUUAAGUCAUUAUCUCGUAAAUUUUCAGAUAAAAGCCCAGGGCUUCUUUCAGAUUUUCGCUUUGUGCUUCAUGGUUUAGCAGCAGGCAAUAAAGCAUAUGGUAGGCGGAUAAUUUCUCCUCCCUUACUUCGCACCAAUUUUUAAUUGCUUAAUUUUUUAGCUUUCAAAAAUCAUGAAAAAAAUUUAUGCCUAGAAAAUGAUAAAAUAAAAAACCCAAGUUUUAAUAUUUAUUUCAAGAAGAAUCUCAAAUUGAUAGAUCCACAAUGACUGAGCUUCAUAUACAUCGAUUUCUGCCAGAGAGUGGAAAGGGCCAAUUUGUGCAAUCAUACUGAAUAGAUAUGAAAGAAUGUGGACCAAUGGUACUUGAUGCAUUGAUCAAAAUUAAAAAUGAAAUCGACCCAACUUUGACAUUUCGACGGUCCUGCAGAGAAGGAAUAUGUGGGUCAUGCUCAAUGCAUAUAAAUGGGAUCAAUACGCUGGCUUGCAUUUGCCCGAUGGAGCCGAAAGUCAGAGUGACAGUAGGUCCAUUAAUUCGAUAUCCUAUCAUAAAAGAUCUAGUCGUUGAUAUGACCCAUUUUUACAAUCAAUAUAAGUCUAUAGACCCUUGGCUUAAGAGGAAGAAUGCUAAAGAGCCGGGAUCAAAAGAAUAUUAUCAAAGCCCAAAUGAUAGAAGAAAAUUGGAUGGACUAUAUGAGUGCAUUCUUUGUGCUUGCUGCAGCACUUUAUGUCCUUCAUAUUGGUGGAACCAGCAAAUGUAUUUAGGUCCUGCAGUUUUACUGCAAGCUUACAGAUGGGUAAUUGAUUCUAGAGAUGAAGCAAUUGAAGAAAGACUAGAAAACUUAUCCGGGGACUUUAAAUUAGCCAAGUGCUAUCAGAUAGGAACAUGCACAGUGACUUGCCCAAAGAAAUUGGAUCCAAAAAUGGCAAUUUACAAUUUAAGAGCUAUUUAUAAUGAGUAUGAGGACUCGAAAAAGAAUUGGGAUAUUUAA